AUGCCGGUUAGGGUGGAUAUAACACCUCCCCUACCGGCUAAUUCAAAACAACCAGGAGUUACCAAGUCUCUGUUAUAUAACGGAUCGAAAUUUCAAGGUUUUCAAAAGUCAAAAGGCAACAGUUACGAAGUGGAAGUGAUUUUGCAGCAUGUCGACGAGGAAAAUUCCUAUUUAUGCGGCUACUUACAGAUCAACGGGCUCACCGACGAAUAUCCCAAACUCACCACGUUCUUCGACGGUGAGAUAAUCAGUCAGAAAUAUCCGUUCCUCACUAGAAAAUGGGACGCCGAUGAAGACGUCGAUAGGAAGCAUUGGAGCAAAUUCUCCUUAUUCAGCCAAUACGCGAAAACGUUCAAUUCGGAUUCGUUCGAUUACAAAGCUCUUGCCAAUACGGAUUACGUGUUUAUGCGAUGGAAAGAACACUUUUUAGUACCCGAUCACACGAUUAAGGAUAUAUCGGGAGCUUCGUUCGCCGGUUUUUAUUACAUUUGUUUCCAAAAGUCCAAAGCUACAAUCGAGGGAUAUUAUUACCAUAGAAGUUCGGAGUGGUAUCAGUCUUUAAAUUUAACUCAUGUGCCUGAAAACAGUAUACAAAUAUACGAGUUUAGGUAA